AUGGCGGAUGGGGCUGCUUCCAGCAACAAGCGAAAGGAACAACCAGAGGAAGCAGCUGAUUCAGAACGCAAUGUCCGCCCAAGGAUAGAUGAUGCCUCAGGCGCUCCAAAACUGGCGAGCCUUGAGGGCCUCAAAGCUCUGCGUGCUUUGCCGGAUCUCGUGGACAGCAGAAGUCUGGCUUCCGCCAGCCGGGGAUGGUUUUGGCGCGUGCGCGACUCCCUCCUGGGUGGCAUCAUCUCCAGGCUGACGGCCGCCAGCAGCGUGCUGCGGCGCCGCGCGCCGCAGCUGGAGCUCUGGGAGAUCGAAGCGGUGCUGCCGCAGAUGGAGGCCUCGGCCAAGGAGAUUUGCGAUCUUUGGUGCACCUUACGAAAUCGACUGGAAACACAGUUGCGACAUCAGAAGUGGUGCCAACUGGCACGCGAAUGCCUGGCAAUGGGACAAGAUGAGCUGCCAAUUAACUUGGAUGGUCUUGAUGUCAUGUCCGUGGAGACACAGUCUUUUGCAAUGCCGGCGGUUUCUGUGAUUCCACCACCGCCGACGCAGCCGCCACCACCUCCUCCUGGCAAUGGGGUAACGCCCGCACCAUUCCAGGGGCCAGUGACGAUGCCCCUACUGGGCCCUGGCCCUGCCCCAGCGGUUGCCGCCCUGGGUCCCGGCACCGCCGUGCCGGCGGCCGUGGCGGCGCCAGCCUUUGCGGCGCAGGCGCCAGGCGUGCAGAAUAUGCCAGGCACCCUCCCCGCGCAGUUCUUGGGCGUCCUGCCGAUGCCCAACCCCCCCGCCGCGGGCGUGGCGGGCGUCGCGGGCGUGGCCGGUGCGGCGCUGCCUGUAGCGCCACCGGUAGCCACGGCCAUCGCGUCCAACACGGCGCAACAGGUGGCGGGCGUGGUACAUCAGCUGAUUAACCAAGUGAUGCAGGGCCCAGCUGGUGGAGCCGCAGGUGCCGCGCCAGCCACAGCUGCAGGCCAAAGGGAGACGGUGCGCUUGAAUAUUGUACGAGUGAUUGAAUUCAGCUUGGCAGACCAGAGGGUCGCUGGACGCCUGUACUUGGGCUUUGAGACGGAGGGUCAAAGGGAGAAUGGUGGCGCUGAAGCUCGUUCUGCUCCCAGACCAGAUAUCCUAUGCGUCGAGGUGGAGCUUGCUGUUGAUGCUGGACAAUUUACUCAGCUGUGCUCCGCACAUCGCAUGGUUCACAUCGCAGCUGGGGAAAAUCGAAGCUUUGGGCCCUGGACUUGCACCGAGAGGCGUGAAGUGGAGAAACGAUGGUUGGAAUUGCGCGCCAAAGCCCUAGGAGUUCAAGGCCUCUCACUGGACCUGCGGCACUUCAUGCGCCUCAUGGCUGGUCUGCUGGGUGCGGCCUUGCUGACGGAGCCCGUCUCCCACCGCCGGCUCUGGAACGGCUUGAAGCCGGUGGUGGUCGGGCCGUCUCCCAUGGCCAGGCUCCGUGUGGGCUUGGGUGGCAUGAACCUCACCACCAGCUUUCCUGAGCCGAAGGACCGAGACAGUGGUGAGCUUCUAACGACUGUCCUGUUCUAUCCUGUGGAGCUUGUGAAGAGCCGACUACAAGCAUCUGCCCAAAGCUUUGCCAGCUCCAGCUACCAGUACAGUGGCUUGGUGGAUGGGCUCCUCUCCAUCUUGCAAAAGAAUGGAGUCAAGGGGCUGUUUGUCGGCAUCGCACCUGUCAUAGUCCGAGCAGGAAGCUCUGACUUUGUUGCAGCUUUUGCGGGUGAAGCACUGCUUCAGAGGUUUCGUUUGGAGAGUUUGGGCUUUCUCCAGGGUCUCUUUUGGCGAACCUUAGGCUGUGCUGUGAGCGUGCUGAGCACUAUGCCUUUCGAGAGCGUAGCUGCACGUGUGACGACCUCGUCUCCUCCACUCACUUCCAGGGGCGCUGUGAAGGUACUCUGGCACGAGGGAGGUUUGAAGACCUUCUGGCGCGGGCUUGGCGUGAACUUGGUGCUGUGCCUCAAUCCCGGCCUGACCUUCACGGCACUGGCGCAGAUCAAGAACCUGUUCCUCUCACUCUGGCGGAGGCAAAGGCUUUCCACCGCUGAAGCUGCGUUCGCCGGGGUGUUGGCGAAGCUACUGGCCCUGCUGAUUUCCUAUCCACUGAUGCGGGGGAAGUCUUUGGUACAGGCUCGCAACACUAGUGGUGGAGUGCGGCAAGUUCUGAGCAGUGUCGCCAAAGAUGAAGGCAUGCGGAGCCUCUAUCAGGGCUUUACUGCGCAGUUGAGCAAGAGCUUGAUGUCUGCUGCUGUGAAGUACGCCAUCAAAGAGCGCGUGGAAAAUCUGUUGAUUCAAUCUCGAGGUGUGCCAAAGACGUGAGUGAGCGGCAGAAGGGUCUACUUGGCCACGGCAAGUGCAAGGUGGACAAGACGCAUUUUUGUACCUCAGCCGCCACCAGCACAGCCUUUCUAUUGUCGUCCUCGGGGAUGGCUCUGGCGAAAGCGGUGGCCUAAUCCUCAAGAAUUCCUGGCCUGAGGUAAAAGGUG